AUGACCAUCACUGUCGCUGCAAUCGCUACAGGCAGUGUAGCCUUUCUCGUGUAUUACAUCUGUUGGACACUGUUCUCGAGUCCUCUAGCGCGAAUCCCAGGGCCCAAGUCUUUUGCCCUAACCAAAUGGAGACUUGCCUACGAGGAUUAUAAGGGCACCCGCACCCGCAAGGUCCACGCGCUUCAUGAGACAUACGGUCCAGUAGUUCGCGUCGGUCCAAAUGAAGUGGCUUUCAACAGCCUCUCUGCAUUGCGCGCAAUAUAUGGCGCAGGGAGCGGCUUCGAAAGGACCAACUUCUACCAGAUGUUCGCGAUAUAUGGACGGAAGAACAUGUUCUCGUUCAAUACCGUGAAGCAGCAUGCCGAGCGGAAGAAGCUUUUUGCUCACGCCUAUGCCAAAUCUGCAAUGCUGAAAGGGUCAAACGCGCAUAUGAUUGAAACAAAGGUCGGAAAGUAUAUGGAACUUCUCGAAAGAGAGGGUCGAUCUCAUAACAUUUUUACUACCUUGCAUUACUUUUCGUUGGAUAAUAUCACGGAAUUUCUCUACGGUGAUUUUGGAAAGACAGCAUGUCUAGAUGGUAUAGAGGAAGACCGUGCUCUUCUUCAUGACAUCCUCGCCACCGGUAGUCGCACCCUGUCAUGGUUUACUAUUCAUCAUCCCAAGCUUACAGCGUGGCUAUAUUCGCGGACUGGGCUUAUCGGUUGCGUUGCUCGCCAAUUCUACCCCAUGCAGAAACCAACUCCAUACACCAGUAUCAAGCUCCACGCAACCAAGGCUUUCCAGGCAUUUGCUGAUGCCUCUGUUGCCAAAAAGGAUGCACAGGCAUCUCUUAUUUCAAGGCUAUGGAAACACCAUCGCACUAUGAAAGAUGGCGGCUUGGACGACCUUGACAUUGCGUCUGAAUGUGCAGACCAGCUCGAUGGCGGCAUUGAUACCACAAGCGAUACUUUGAUGUUCACAAUCUGGUCACUUUCUCGCCCUGAGUAUCGGAGGUUCCAACAGAAGCUUAUCAACGAAGUUCGGAGUCUAUCUGAGACCGAUUUAAACCCUGAUGGGAUUCCCCGAGUGGAAGUAGCCGACAAACUGUCCUACACAGAGGCAGUUAUCAAAGAAACCCUCAGACUGUACGCACCGCUGCCAGCAUCUGAACCAAGAUCAUCACCGGAAGCAAUCAACAUUGACGGCUAUCUCAUCCCCGCCCGUACCAUCGUUUCAAUCUCACCAUACACGCUGCACCGAAACGCAGAUGUCUUCCAAGAUCCACUGAAGUUCAAUCCAGACCGCUGGCUCGACCCUUCUCAGGAUCUCACGCAAAUGAACAGAUUUUUCUGGGCCUUCUCCAGUGGUGGUAGGAUGUGCAUUGGGAUGCAUCUUGCCAUGGCGGAGAUGACCACAUUUGUGGCGGCACUUUAUCGCAAAUAUACAACUGAGCCCAGAGGAGGGUUUGACACAAUCUCCCCUGGCAUUACAAGCCGUUUUGAGGUCUUCUAUGAUGAAGGCUGCCGUGACAUGCGAGUAUGUACCCCCUAA